UUGCGAGGGGAGACGAAAAUAGCUUGAGCUCGUGUACGCGCGCCACACCUAUGUUUUCGGUUAUUGACUACCGCUCGUAAACUGAUUGGCCGCGUGCAUUGUAUGUGCUCGAGCUGCACAGGGAACAGAACGAAGCUUUUGCGUCCUGCUUGGCACAGCACAAAUUCUUUCACUACUGAGAAGAGGAAAAAACACCAAUCUACUGUAAAUGAUGGCAGCGUUUGGUAGGGGAGCUGGUCGAGGAGGUGGUACAAAUGAUGGGCGAGUUUACGUGGGAAAUCUACCAAGUAGCGUUCGAGAAAAAGACCUUGAGGAUCUGUUUUUUAGGUAUGGUCGCAUUCGUAGCGUCGAUAUUAAAAAUCAACGAGGGGUUAUUCCUUUCGCUUUUGUAGAGUUUGAGGACCCCAGAGAUGCCGAGGAUGCUGUGUUCGGAAGGAAUGGAUACGACUUUGGAGACUGUCGACUACGUGUGGAGUUCCCGCGCUCCGUCAGGGGCCGAGGAGGUGGGAUGGGUGGCUCGCGGGGGAGGUUUGGCCCUCCUUCGCGUCGCUCUGAUUUCAGAGUUAUUGUCACAGGUCUUCCUCCAUCUGGUAGUUGGCAGGACCUGAAAGAUCACAUGCGAGAAGCAGGUGAUGUGUGCUACGCUGAUGUACAGAAGGAUGGCACGGGGGUCGUGGAGUUUCUGCGAAAGGAGGAUAUGGAUUAUGCCGUCCGCAAACUAGAUGACUCCAAAUUCCGAUCCCAUGAGGGAGAGACUAGCUACAUCCGUGUCCAGCCUGACAGAGUAGCAGCUUACUUGCGUUCUAGGUCUAGAUCUCCUUCAAGAAACCGUUGGUCACCAUAUGCAAGCAGAGGAUCACCCCGUUAUUCUCCUCCACCAAGAUUAUACCGAUAAAGUUUCCUGAACCAGUGAUUCAUUGUGCUUGUCCUUCUGUGGAAUUUGAUAUUGAUUUUUUUAAAACAUUUUUAAGACUUGCCACAUCUUUAGACUGCUUUGUAAAAAUGGGAAGGGGGGGGGUGAAAAUAAUGGAUGCACUCUUUGGCCUUUUAUUGGAAUAGAAAGUUUGAAAUGCAUUAAUGUUGUAUACAAAUUUGCUCAGUGUCUCUCUGGAUGGUGUACUCUACCUGACCUAGUGAAGGUUGUUGAUGUGUUUACAUCUCUAGCACAACAGUUCCUGUCAAUUGUAUGUUUGGAGGGGGUGGGGUUGGAUAGUGCUGUAAGUCCAUAAACAAUAUUGUCAAGUGGCCUCUAGACAUGUAGAAGGUGGUAGAAUGAUGCUGUAAAGUUUUUUUUUUUUUGUGGUGGUGGUUUUACUUAUGAAUUUAACUUCAGUUUUUUAUUUUAUAUAUAUUUUUUUGCAUACAGGCAUCUUGGCACAACACUACCAAGUGUAACUUGUCCAGUGUUCCUCUUCAUACUUGAUUAUGCCCUUUUUCUGUAGGAAAUAAACUACGGAUUUCAUACUGA